CCAAAUUCAAGCAUCGCCGGUGAUAAAGCGCAACUCCUCGUCUCCCCCCACCCGCACGCGCACGUCGAAGCCGCAUCACAAACCACCCAACAUGGCGGACUCACUCGACUACGUUCAGAUCUGUGAAAGCUGCCCCCCCGGCGACGGCUGGGGUCCUUCCGUCACCACCGAGACCACCCUCAACGGCGUUCCCUAUGCGCCCUUCUCCAAGGGCGACAAACUGGGCCGCAUGGCUGACUGGACCACCGAGGGCAAGGACCGCGAUGGACGUGGUGGCCGAGCGCAGUACAACCGCAGUUUCCGAGACCAGCAAGUCUACGGCUCCAGCCACGCCAUCACCUUCAACGCCCCCCCCGCCGAGGACGAGUCCAGCUUCUCCGUUGUCAGCAACACCCGAGACUCUACCAAGACCAGAUUCGGCCGCGGUGCUGUCUUCACCCGUGGCCGCGGCCAGCGUGGUGCCGCCACCAACGCUCGUGGUGGCCGACAGGCCCUGCAGAGGACCGACAACCGUGGCGGCCGACAGGGCGGCUACGGAGGUUACAACGACCGGGGCGGCCAGCGUGGUGGUGGCCGUGGUGGCCGCCGCUUUGGCUGGAAGGACUACGACAAGCCUGCUCGCAACCGUGAUGCCAGUGUCAACAUCAAGGCCGAGUGGAAGCUGCUGGAGGAGAUUGACUUCAACCGUCUGGCCAAGCUGAACCUCGAGACCGACGAGGGUGAGGACCUGGACGACUACGGUUUCCUCUACUACUAUGACCGCACCUACGACAAGCAGCCUGUCAAGGGAACCGAGAGGAAGCUCACCCCUAUCGACCGUGCCGCCUACAACGUCACCACCUCUUCCGAUCCCGUUAUCCAGGAGCUCGCCGACAAGGACGAGGCCACAAUCUUCGCCACCGAUAGCAUUCUCUCUAUGCUCAUGUGCUCGCCCCGCUCAGUUUACCCCUGGGAUAUUGUCAUCUCUCGACAGGGCAACAAGAUCUUCUUGGACAAGCGUGACAACGCUGCUCUUGACAUGGUGACCGUCAAUGAGAACGCUGCCGACGCGCCUCUCGAUGCCGCCGAUGGCAGCAAGGACACCAUCAACCAGCCCACCGCCCUCGCCGAGGAGGCUACCUACAUCAACCACAACUUCGCCAACCAGGUUGUCAAUGAGAACGAGUCCUCCAAGGUGCAGAUGGCUCACGCCAACCCCUUCUACAACUCCUCCGAGGACACCGACCCUCCCGCCAGCAAGGCCUACAAGUACCGACGUUUCGAUCUCUCUACCAACGACGAGGAGCCUGUCUACCUGAUCGUGCGAACCGAGGUCGACGCCGUGCAGAAGAAUGGUAUCAGCGGCGAGGAUCAGCACAUGACCAUCAAGGCGCUCAACGAGUUCGAUAACAAGGCUCAGGGCAGUGGUGGCGCCCUCGACUGGCGAAGCAAGCUCGUCACCCAGCGCGGUGCCGUCGUUGCUACUGAGAUGAAGAACAACAGCUGCAAGCUGGCCCGAUGGACCGUGCAGAGCAUCCUGGCCAAGGCCGACGUGAUGAAGCUUGGUUUCGUCUCCCGUCUGAGCCCCCGGUCCAACGACAAGCACGUCGUCCUGGGCGUUGUUGGCUGGAAGCCCCGGGACUUCGCUAACCAAAUGAACCUAUCGCUGUCCAACGGUUGGGGUAUCGUCCGUACCAUCGCCGACAUGUGCCUGAACAGCUCUGAGGAGGAUAGCAAGUUCGUCCUCGUCAAGGACCCCAACAAGUCCAUCCUUCGCCUGUACGAGGUCCCUACCGGCAGCUUCGACCAGGAUGAGGAUGAGGACGAGGUGGAGGCGCCCCAACCCGAGGAUGGCGCGGAGCAGUAGAUUUUCGGAGGAGUUCUCAUGAUUGGGCAACGGCAUGGGUAGGAGGAUGGGAAAAGAUUGCAGGUAGAAAGAGAACUUACCCAGCAGUCCUCACGUUCUAAUGAUUUGAAACGGUGGGCGCGGUCUCUUAUGAAGAAGUCUGUACAUUUUUGGUUGCGGCUGAGGCAGCCUGGUACGAAAAGAAUACGUGAUUGCCAUAA